AUGAAAGCGCGAGCGUGUGUGCCUGAACGUGCAUGUGUGCCCAUAUCGUAUGGGCGUAUGUACGUACGAAUGCGUGCGCUCGUGAACGAGUGUAACAUGCGGGUAGAGGAAGGGGGGAGUUGGAGUAGGUAGGGGGAUACACGCUAGCAGGGAGUGGAGUACUUGGAAAAUAGGAGAAAGAAGGAGCAGAGUACUUGUAGAAUAGGAGAAAGAAGGAGCAGAGUAUUUGUAAAGAAAGAGCAGAGUACUUGUAAAAAAGGAGAAAGAAGGAAAAUAAAAAAUAUAAAAAGUAAAAGGAGAGAAUUUUGUUGGCUAAUAAUAAUAAGUGGGCUACCUAGCUCAGCCUUCCUGCUGGGCAUUGCUAUAAGGAAGGUAAAAAAAAAGGGGGGGCGGGAGGUGGGGGGCCAGGGGGGAAUUGAUGAGGGAGAGAAAGGGAGCUGAUGCACGGAUGAGAAAUCAUAUUAUGAGCAAACAGAGAAAUCGCCUGAAUAUCACCGAAAGAGGAGACCUUUGUUUGUUCCUUACGAAAAUCGAACCAGAUAUCAAAUAUUUGGUCUCGCAGCACCAGCUUCAAGGAUCUCAUUAAUCACUAGUAAAGGUAAUUUCAAUUUACUUUAUUGUUUUCUCAUUAAACUUUAUAAAGUUAAAAACAUUAAAAACAUGCAUUAAGUAGAAAUAAAAAGAUAAAUGUACGUACAUUUAUUUUUUUUAAAACACCCUCCUUUCUAAAAAAUAUUCUGGUGGACAGUAAGGAAAUGUUUCCAUCAAUAAAGAUAAAUUAGUGGGCGGUAGGUAGAAAAAGGUUGACUACCCCUGGUAUAUACCAUGCACAUUCUGCUUAAAAUUCUGUAUAAACCAUUGCCCUUUGAAAAUAACACUGCUCUGUAUAUUAGACACAUAGUACAUUUAUAGAUACUGCUCAUUGCUCUCUGUAUAAUUUGCUGUACAUUGUAGCAGUGACUUGUAUAACACAAAGUCCUGUCAACCCGCAGAUCAUGUCUUAGAGCUCCAUACUGCACCGACAUUAAGAUUAUAUUUGCAACCAUUCCCAUUAAUAAAAGGCUAGAAAAGAGCCGCCUGUGUGUAGUUUUAAGGGGCACAGUCUGGAGCUGAACUAUGACAAACAUGCUCCUGUUUUUUAAAUGUAUGUUUAAAGGGACACUCCACUGCCCAAAUACAAAUAAAAUACAAAUCACUGUUUAGUAGAUAUGCCCCCAAUUAAAACAUGCCUGCAUUUAAUUAUGCAUUUUUUCAUUGAGGAUAUAUCGAAAGACAGCUUGAAAAAGCUGCAGAUCUCUUGCCUGCUGCUUUUACAAGCCCACCUCUUAUCACCCCAUCCAGACUUUCUGUGUCUGUCCAAUCACAGACUUUACAGUGCAGCUCAAUUAGCAGUCUUUGCAAGGCAGAUGCUCUGAGCAAUUGCUGCCUCUUUAGUUUAACUCCAUUGAGCUUAACAAACCAGUAAGUAUCAGAAGUAGUUGUCUGAUUGACAGCCAGGCAGGUGUAACAAGUUUAAAUUGGAAAAGUGCCAAUUUCUACUGAAAUCUGAAAAAUUAGAAGAGAGAUGAAACCCAUAAAGCAUUUCAGCAAGCAUCCUCUCCUUUAUCACUUUACUACCCUAAAACUCACCCUUAGUCCCCCUACACCAUAGAUGUCAAGCUCGCGGCUGAGUUUGAGCUCUUCCUGCACAGUGCCCGCAGUGAUGCCGGGAGCCGGAAUAUGACUUCACUCAGGCUCCCGGCAUCACUCUGCGGUGAGCAGGGAGAGCUCAGAAAUCAAUGCUCCCUCUCUGCUUGUCCGCCCCCUGCCUGCCUGAAAGUACACCUGCCCAGCAGCCCCACUAGACACCAGGUAAGAUAUCCACCCAGCUCUCCCAAAGGAAGGGAGACUGGGUGGAUUUAAAUAAAAAUAUAUAUUUUUUAAAAAGUGUUGGGGGGGAAAUGUGUGUUUGUGUGUGUGGGUGUAUGGCUGUCUGUGUGUGUGUGUGUAUGGCUGUCUCUGUGUGUGUAUUGCUGUCUGUGUGUGUGCAUGGCUGUCUGUGUAUGUGCAUUGCUGUGUGUAUAGCUGUGUGUGUGUGUGUAUGGCUGCCUGUUUGCAUUGCUGUCUGUGUGUAUAUGGCUGUCUUUAUGCAUGGCUGUCUGUGUGUGUAUGGCUGUCUGUGUGUAUAUGGCUGUCUUUAUGCAUGGCUGUCUGUGUGUGUAUGGCUGUCUGUGUGGCUGUGUGUGUGUAUAUAUGCCUGUGUGUGUGUCUCUCUGUCAGUGUGUGUCUGUGAGGGAGCCUGUGUGUCUGAGUGAUUGUGUGUGUCUGUGAGUGAGUGUGUGUGUCUGUGAGGGAGCCUGUUUGUCAGUCAGUGAACGUGUGUGUCUGUGAGUGCAUGUGUGUGUUGGAGUGAUUCUGUGUGUAUGUCAGUGUGUGUAUGUCUGUCAGUGAGUGUGUCUCAGUGAGUGUGAGUGAAAACAGGGGCAGGGGUUUAGUAGACUGGGGGACUGGGAUUUAGUAGACAAGGGGGUUAAGUAGAGGGGGUCGCUGUUAUUUUUUAAAAAAAACAAUACUGUACUUUUCAAAAUAAACCUACGUUUCUAUGAAAAUUUUAAUUUUUGUGUUUUUGUGGCGCACUUAAACUUAAAGCUUGUUUAUUUGGUCCUUGCUAGCCUUUGAGUUUGACGUACUUGCCCUACACUAACCUACCAAUAACCCUAAUCCCCCUUUACCCUUACACUAACCUAGCAAUAACUCUCAAUUACCAUAACCACUACACUUCCAUAAUACUAACCUUAGACUACAAAUAUCAUGCCUAUUGUUUAAGUGAUUAUUAGGGGCUAAUACUCCCCAGUCUGUGUCACAUUCAAACACCCCUUGAGCAGAUGCCUGCAAGGAAAAGGUUAAAUGCCUGUGGUGAUGGACGAUGAGUCACAGGUUAGUUUGGCAGUCUGUUUGGGACAUCCCAUUAAACAAGCUAAGACUGUGCAGCCAAUUAUAAGUCAGGAGGAGAUGUGCCCCCCUCUAUCUGCACUGUUUUGGGUUGAAUAGGGUAGGGCUAUAUCUCUAUAUAUAUUAUGCAGCACUAGUUGAGCUUGGCACUUUGUUGAUAUCUUCUUAUAUUGGCAUCCUGUUAACUUCAUUGACUGGUAAGUGACGUCCUGUGAAUCUGUCCCUUGAGACUGGCAUUCUGGCUGUACCCCUUUAGCUUAGCACUGUCCCCAUAUCCCUGGCACUCUGCAUCCUCUCAGAGCAGGGUGUGCUAUCUUCACCCUAUUAGAUUGGCACUGUCUCCAUAUCCCUAGCACUCUGCAUCUCCUCAGAGCAGGGAACGCUCUCUGCACCCUAUUAGAUUGGCACUGUCCCCAUAUCCCUGGCACUGUGCAUCCUCUCAGAGCAGGGUACGCUAUCUGCACCCUAUUAGAUUGGCGAGCUGUGUCUCCAUAUCCCUUGCACUCUGCAUUGUGUCUCAGAGCAGAGUACACUGUACCUCAUAAGCUGGGCACUGCCAGCAGUCUGUUUAAUGCAACAGGGUGCCUUAACUUUAGACUGUCUCCAUAAACCUUAGCCUGUUCCUUUAAAUCUCCAACUGUUAAUGUUUGUUUUAUUGAAGCAAAGCAAACCACUUUUUUUUUAGAUUAGUUUUGGAAAUAAAUUAUAUUUGCUGAUCAGGCCUUGCAGAGCAUUUAUUUUGCAAAUGAAGGAGAUCUGCCAAAGGAAACUGCAUAAUCUUUUUCCAAUAGGAAAACCAUGUUAAAGGGAAUUGUGAGACACGGUGCUUCUAAAAACGCCCAGCCUUAAUGCUGUACGACAAUGACUGUGGAAACUCAAUGGGGUUCAAUUAACACUGACAGUGUUAUUCAAUAAAUUGAGAAUUCCAAAAUAGCUGAAAUGGAAACGUUAUCUUGGUCAGCUAUUCUUCCAAAGCAGCUAGCUUGGCUGAAAAUGUUAAUUCCCAUUGAAUUCCCAACCAUUCUCAAUUUAGUAAAAAAACUUGUAUAUUAUGCUACACCCAUUCCCUUAACCCUCUCUCUGUGCCUUAUGUUGCCAAUUAUAAUAGUGUGAGAUUAGUACAGCUAGAAGGCUUUGCUUGUUUUAAUAUAUCUUGGAGUUUCCUGAUGUACCUCCUAGGGUCCCAAAUUUAAUUGUGGGACUAAAAGGCACAGGAGGGUUUAGCGAGACUUGCAGAAUGAUUAUAUAUAACCGGCUUCUAAUGUUUGUGUAGACAGGAUCUGUCCACACAUGCAGACUGUUGUAGGUGAAGAAAGUGUGCCCCAUGGGCUAGUGUGUCAUUAAAGAAGAUGUACAGCUGUCUGCUUUGCCUCUAGAGCAUUUUAGUGAACAUUCCAUUGGGACUAGAAGGUUUAAACAGACCAUGGGUAUUUUCUUGUAGACAAGAUAAUGGUCUGAAUUCUGUUGGAUUUGUCUAUCCGUGGAAGAUCUGGGGAGUGAAACACCAUUACAAAUGCCACCCCUCCCUACCUCAAGAAGUCAGUAGCAUUUAUGUCUGGUCAGCACCAGGGUGUGUGUAUUAUCUGACUCUACCUGUGUAUCUAUCACAGUCUAUAUAUCUGUGUAUCUCUGCAAGAUGCAGGAAGUAUUGGACACUAGGACCAUUCACAAAGCACUCCAUCAAUGCCCCGUGCAUGAUCUGCCCCGAGAGGGAGGCUAUCAGUCUCAUGGCCACCUCCUUUGACGCAUACAUGAUUAGCAACACAAACAUAACUAACCGUAUACAGCAUUAUUCAUGUGUAACACUCCACACACAGACCUAACGGGCACGAAUGCUUAGAUGCACAUGAAUACUCCUGAAGAAAACACACGUUUUAACUUUUAUCUAUCUCUUACAUAGAGGGAAGAAGAGGGGGUCCAUGUUGUCCCUCGUGUUGAGUCUUGGGGAACCGGGAGAGCGGGGCAUCAUAGUAUUCCCUAGACACAGGAGCACUUUUUUUUUUUAGGGGUGGGGAUGUUGCCAGAUGGGGAUGUGUCUUGAGAAAUUUUAGGUGACUUACUAUUAAUUCUUACAAUUAAAAUGUAACUCAGAACCAGAAAAAUAUCUUACACAGACUGAUAAUUAUUUAUAAAAUGUGUUAUAGUUUAAAGACACAUUUCUGGGAGUAUUAUUGCUGUGGAGCUCUGUUAUACACUCAGACACACCAACAAUAUGGAGCUCCUAGAAAAGAGGGACAUUAGGAGAGAAAAGAGGGAUCUCAGCCCAAAAUAGAGAAAGUCCCUUGUAAAUUGGGACAGUUUAAAUGUAUGCUAUUUGAUUUAUACGGCUUGUAUCCGGAAUAGAGUGGGUAGAGCCGUGCACACAACAGGCUUACUCACUACACCGGGCAGGGAAUUGGCAGUCUUAGACCAGCACAAAAUUCUUGCAGAGUGUUUGCUUCUGUUUUUGCUUCAAAUGAGCAAUUCUCUGGUCAAUUUCCAGUUUCUCAUUGCGGAGUAAUGACUGCCUCAUGGAACUGAGCUGUAUAGGCUAACAAACGUAUCAUUUCCUUUUUUCCCUCUUUGAACUGGUACAAUGUCAGGGAAACCAUUAUCUGCAUAUUAAACAUGGGUUAAUAAGCUUCCUUUCAGCUCAAGCAGCAGUUGGAACAGUCUGUACUUUUCCACUGACACACCCACACCGCACUUCCAAUACGGAACAUAUUAAACUCAAAACCUCUACUGUUAUCCUUGCUGGCUUGUUACAUCCUAGAUUGUUUCAAUUUAGUAUUCUCUGGUUUGAAUAUUCUGGGUUAUAAUUAUCUCUGUAUUUGCAUACAUCCCAAGUGUCCUUAGUUUAAACUACAAUAAAUGUCUUUAGAAAUGUUUGUAAAUAAGUUACAUUGUUCUUACAUAAAUUAGUAAUUCACCUAAAAAUUCUACAGCCCCGCCUCUGUCCACACCCCUAAAAUAAAAACGAUAUAUUUGGCGGCUGGAUUAGGGAAGAACUGUAUGUAGAGUAACUGACUGAUUUCUAUCUCCGUAGAAUAAUGUCUGGAAACCUUGAAACAUGCAUGGCUCAGAUCUGCAGCACCUUCCAAAGGUAUGCAGGAAAAGAUGGGGAUGCAAAGACACUGAGCAAGACCGAACUGGUUGAGCUGGCAACAAAGGAGUUUCCUGCCCUGUGUGUAAGUACCAUGUACAGUAUUUAUCAAUGUCUGUAUUGUAUAGCUUUACAUCUUUAUAAAGCUUGUUUUUUUUUGUUUCUUUUAAGAGCCUUAUAGAUUUUUAUUUAUUUUUGGCAUUUUUAUAUAGCGCCAACAUAUUUCGUAGCUUUUUUUUUUUUACUCUCCUUUCAAUUAAUUUUUGACACUGAGGUCUAAUCUAACAGUUUAGAUCUAUAUGCCAAACCUUUACUGACAGGAGAGAGAUCUAGAACCUUUGUGUUUAUUUUCCUUUCUCUGUUCUGGCAAUCAAAGUUCUCCUUUAGUUUUAUUUGGGAGCUAGGAGAACUGCUGCUGGAAGCUCCUCUCUAUAUGAGAUUGCAAGUUCUGUUCUUGGGCUUGAGAGCAGCUUGGGAGUGGUGAUAAAACACAUUUAUUUUUAUUUUAUGAAUUUCUCUUGCUUUUUCAGAGUAACCAAAACAAAGAUCAAGUCUUGAAGGGAGUGUUCGGGAAGCUGGAUAUGGAUGGCGAUGGCAAAGUGGAUUUCAAAGAAUUCUGCGUCUUCCUUUGCUGCCUUACCAUGGCUCUGAAAGAACAUCUCAAGUGCUAGUGCCUGAAAUUCUGUUUGUACUUGUAUCUUAAACAGAUGGUGUGUGUGUGCAUUUCAUAUGUAACUAACUAAAAUCUCCCAAUAAAGACACAGUGAUGUGUAAUCUAAAAUGUCUCUUUCCAAAUAAAUACAACUGAAUAUCAAUGUAAUAACUGCUUGCCACAAUGGAGAAAAGGCUAUGGAACACAAAAGGGGUUCUACAUAAGUGUUGAUAACUAAAGUGAGACGCUAGUCCACAUAACUGAUGCAAUCUCCAUGGAAACCAGUGGAUUGCUAGUUUUUAUGUAUUUAUAGAGGGAGAGGCACAAGGUCGGGUUAGCCUACAUCCUGACAUUGGGAGCUAAAGGGAAUUUAGUAAAUGACCCAUCUCUAUCUCUCCGUUGCAUACAGAUAUAUUUAUGUUUAGUAGUGAACCAGUGGAGACACUCGCAAACAUUUACAGAACUUGCAAGGCAGAGGCCAGUUUCUUCAUUGAGUUUUUAUUUAUUUAUUUUUAGGGCACAUACCUACACCAAGGGUGUCAGGCUGCAAGUCAGAGUAGGCUCCUGCCUACAGGUGCAUGCCUGAUGGGUACACUUAAUCUGCAUGUUAAAAGUUCCCUCCUCCCUCUCCUUAUGUUCAGUCUUAGUCUGACGCGAUAGGUCCCAGAAUGGCCAGCUCUAAAAAGACUGGUACACACAGCUACCCAGACUGUACAGACAUACACUGCUACACAUAUGGAUUUCUAAUUGAAGUUGUCAUGGUGCCAGGUGCGCUUCUACCUCAGGUGUUCUCUAACGGUUUAACCCCAAAUUGAGACUUCAGCGCCGAUCUUAACUCCAGCAAUGCGGCAUCCAACUUCUACAAUUCCAGUUUCAGAAAACGUGGAGUAUCACUGACUGUGUAAGACAAGCAUGUCAAAGUCAAAGGCUAGCACGGGCCACAUAAACAAGGUUUAAGUUCAUGUGGACCGCAAAAAAAUCAAAACCUUAUAUUUUCAUCGAAAUGUAGGUUUGUUUUGAAAAGUACAGUAUAAAAAAAAAACAGCAUCACCCUCUACUGAACUCCAGUCCCCCUCGUACUAAAUCCCUGUCCCCCCUCCACUUUGUACUAAAUCCCAGCCCCCCCCCCUUUACUAAAUCCCAGUCCCCCCUUCUGUACUAAAUCCCAGUCCCCCCAUCUGUACUAAUUCACAGUCCCCCCUGUAUAUAUAAAAAAACACACAAAAAAAGGCAAUAUUAGCCAACAAGCAGACUCCACUCACAUUGCAGCUGCCAUUAUGCGACUAUACUAUAGUAUACUAUAGGUUUCAGUCCAGCCUCUGGUAUACCCCCAAUGGCGCCGUCCGCAUCCUGUGCCAAACAGAUCUUCCUGCUACACAUUGAAAACAUUUGAAGGUGGAGCACGUUGACGUCACGUCAGAAUGUGGCAUGGCAUUGUGUGCCUCCAGGUCCUCCACUGUCCAGCCGCAGCCAUCGCAACACUGACCAACACACACUGACACACACACAUACACUCACUGACAGACACACACACACACACCCUCUCUCACACACACACACACACACACUCUCUGACAUACACACUGACAGACAGAUACAGCACACACUCACAUCAUUAAGUGUUCUUGCAUAUCGUCGUUCUUGUGGCGAAAUUGGUCCCAUAUGAAUGAAUGGCAAAAUGUUCAAAACUAGAGUGGGAGCUGGCAAAAGCUGAAAAAUCAGGACAUGAUUUCUAAACUGCCACUACUCCCUCAUUGUCAAGCCCACCUACACAAAUCUUAUAUCAAAACGUUCAACUAUCCCUGCUGCAACUACACAUGUCCACGGCUAAGCCAUAGUCCUGAUAGUUUUCACAAUAUGACCAUUUGUUUGCAACUCACGCUGUCCAUUGACAUUCAUUGAAACUCCACUCUAGACAGCUCAAACUAGAAGGGCAAUUUCUAAACUGCGACUGUGCCUUCAUUUGUAAUAUUUCAGAGACAUACUAUGCAUCAAAAAUGUAGGUCUUGGUCUUGUGAUUCACACAAUAUAAAGCUCUUCACUGUAGGAUGUAUAGUUUUUAAAAUACGACCAUUUGAAGAUGGCAACCGAAAAAAUACUCUGACCUGUGCCAGGCUGCAGCAGCAAGUGAUGCCUUUUGUACACCUGCUAAUGUUUUUAUAAAUGUAUGUUUUAAUGUAACUGUGAAGGACUUUGGGCAACAACAUUGCAAUUAAAUGUGCUAUAUGAAUAAAUAAAAGUUGAAAUGCAUUUCUCAAACUUGCCAUGUGCACUUUUUAAAUUUGAUCAAUCAAUUGGUUAGUGUAAUGUUUACUAUCUUUACUCACUCCAAUCACUCCACACAGUUACUCUGCCCAGUCCAACCUUUCCACAGUUACUCCAGCCACUCUAACCACACAAUCUAUUAGUUCCUGUUGGCAGUUGGUGGAAUGUUCGAGGGAUUUGUAAGAUUUGAAAGCUCUUCUCUGCCCUUGCUGUAGAGUGAGUGAACCACACUCCAACCUUUCCACAGUUACUCCAGCCACUCCAACCACACAACAGUUACUCAAGCCACUCCACCCAGUUACUCUGCCCAUUCCAGUUGUAGACUACUGGUGGAGGCAAGAACACUUCACACAAUUUCCCCAGAAAUUGUAGCUUUUCUAGUUUUAUUUAUUACUCCUUACCUUUGGGAGUAGUGUGGGGCCUCUCCCUGAUCUUCUCUCGGGAGCUCAGUCUUCCUGCUCCUUCACAUGCACAAUUUAGUGAAGCUGGGUGCCGGAAUUACAUCAUAUUCCGGCAUCACUACAGAGAGCAAGCUCAAGGGAGCAGUGAGGAGCAGGAAGACUGAGCUCCCUUGCUGCCACCAGGGACCUCUCCUCCCCAGUCGGGUAAUUUUGGCAGAGUAGGAACCUGCAAUGUGGGGCGAGCAGGUGCCUACUCUGCUUUAGUAAGCAUGACUCAAACUCACUGCUUGCCGCGAGUUUGACAUGCUUGGUGUAAGAGCAGUCAGCGGAUGCUUGUAGCCAACUGGUGACUGCCCAUUCACUUAGAUUCAGCUGUUAUGGUGCCUAAACUGUCACUUCUAUGUAAAAGAAAAACCUUGUCUUUCAAUUUAGCAACUAGAUCCCUUUAACACCCAGGAUAAUACACCAGCCCUGGCACAUCCACUGUACAUGGAUUUUUUCUAAGCGUCUGUAUCCUGUAUACUAUACAAUUUUCACAUUUUGAAAACAUUAUUAAGCCUUCAUGUCUGUUAUGGAGAACUGAAUGAGUAUUUGAUUCUAAACCAAAUUACAAGCCACAACAGUGUUAAUAAAUUUCAUCCGCUGAUGCUCUAGCUAAAGAGUUAGACAUGCCCCAUCAUCACUGCGGGGCAUAGCUCAGGAGAGCUAACUAAUUCUUGUUUAAGAAAUUGUAUGUCUCCGGUGUCCAUAGUGUAAACAGUGAGCAGUGCCUACUGGAUCACAGGUAAGAAGUCAAACCAUUCUCAUUAUUAAAUCAUUUAUGACUGGUGUUAAAUCAUACCUGGAUGGGAAUGUACUGGAGAGUGGUGAUAAAACUGAAUUAACUGUCUACAACCAACCCAUUAAAAAAAAUGGCACUCCCAUUCAUCAUGUUGGUACUUCAGUACACCAAGUGCAACCACCAGAAUGGGAUGGCUUGUUUGAAUUACUAAGCAUCUACUAGGGGCUAUAGUGUAAUGUCAGAUAAUCAGUGUUAAUCCUUCUUGAGAUGAUGUAUCCUCAAUGAAAUGGAUUAAACAUUUCUAAUAGUUUAUCAUUAAAAAAUAAAAAUGUGGUCCAGCUUAAGCAGACACGCAGCUUAAUGGAAGAUAGAUUGACAACCCUAGAAGACUCAAAGCGUCAGCGUGAUUUACAUAUUAGAGGCACAGUCAAGGAAGUAACUGACUGUGACAUCCCUACUCUGAGGAGGUGGUUUGCCUCAAUACUCUCUCCUCCAAAAUCCAAGCCCAUUCUUCUGGAACACCACUUCAGAGUUCCCAUGUCACCUAGUGCAUCAGAAUGGGUCCCCAGAGACAUAUUAAUCUGCGUCUAGUCAUUAAAAUGCAAGUAUUUAGUCCAAGCUACUCUCAGGGAAUCACGCAUUUAUACAUUUGAAGGGGCAGACCUGUCUUUCUACAACAACACUUCUGGAUCCACAGUACUGUGGAGGCACACAAUGAAACCAGUAAAAAAGCACUUAAGAAAUUUCAAAAUCCGGUAUCUGCGGGGCCCAGGUUGCAAACUCUCUGUUCUACGUGACGGAAAACGCCUACAUGUAACCAGAAUCUCUGAUGCAGAGAGGUUCCUCACCUCGCUGGGACUGUCAGAUUCGGCUACCCUAGAGGAGCCAGAAAUUGAUCUAGAGCCCAACACAUCUUCACAAAUGUAGAUCAUUAAGAAGAUCCAGCCUUUCUACUCAAAACAACCUGGCCUCAGGAUUACUGAAUCCGACCCUAAAGGACACUUGAGCUGAACACUGAACUUUAAUUCUCCUAUUUAGCAACAACUCCAUGUUUAUUAGUUCCAACUGGUGUUAUUAUAGUUACACCAGGGAUUUCAGUUAAUGAGAAUAAAUAAAUAAAUAUGUUUUCACUUUUUGAAACAGUUAAUUUUAUUUAUCUGCUGUUAGAAAGGCAGUAAUACUUACAGAGAAUGGGAUAGCUUAAUCUAUGAACUCCAGGGCAUCUCAAACCCCCCCACAUCUUUUGAACACAGCUCAAAUCUGUUUAUUUUAUUAUAACAUGCAGCACCUAGCUGACCAUAGUAUAUGUGACGGAUUGUUAACUAUACACUAUAGGUUUCAGACAGCAGCUUUGACGGUCAUUUGCCUUACUUGUGUUGCAAUGAAAAUGUUGCCAUCCAAGCUUUGUUCAUCGUAUACUUUGAUAUGCUACAAUAAAAAAUUCAAAUUUAAAAAUAAAUAAAUAAAAAUGUCAAUUUGUAUUCUAGUUCCAUGUUUUUGUAACCUGAAUGUAAUAAUGUAUUUAGCAUUCUUGCUUUCCUAGGCCUAGGGCAUUGUUUAGUUCUCCCCUUACCUCCUCCUAAUUUAAAGGGAAACUAUAGUGCCAGGAAAACAAACUCAGCUCCGCCCACGCUCCUUCCUGACGAUCUCUUGUCUGCAACCUUUGCAAGCCCUCCCCUUCUAACCCCGUCCUGACUUUCUGUGGCAGUCCAAUCACAGACUUCCAAAUGUAGCUCAAUGAGAAGUCUUUGCAAGUGAGGUGCUCUGAAAAAUUGCUGCCUCUUGAGUUUACCUCACCUGCGGUAAACAACCAGGAAGUAAUAGAACCUGUUGUCUUAUUGACAGACAGAGAGGUGUAACAAAGGUUAAUUUACAAAAGUGCCAAUUUCUACUGACAUCUGCACUUUUUGAAAAAUUUUAUCAGAGGACACACUCUUAAUCCAUAAAGUAUUUCUGCCAGCAAAAGUGCUGCCCUUUCAGUAAAUUCCUCUCCUUUACCACUUUACUACCCUAACACUAACCCUUAACCCUUUACACUACCCCUUAACCCUUUACACUACCCUAUCACUAACCCUUAACCCAUGCACUAACCUAACACUAACCCUUAACCCAUACACUACCCUAACACUAACCCUUAAUCCAUCUACACUUCCCUAACACUAACCCUUAACCCAUACACUAACCUAACACUAACCCUUAACUCAUACACAAACCUACCGAUAACCCUUAAUCCCCCUAUACUACCCUAACACUAACCCUUAAUCCAGGGGUUCUCAACCCAGUCCUCAGGAUCCCCUACCAGUCCAGGAUUUGGGGAUUACCUGGGUGUGUCUCAGGUGUUUAGAAAAAGGGAAAAAAACACCUUAGACUCUAAGGUGUUUGUUUUUUUUUUUCUAAACACCUUAGACACACCCAGGUAAUCCCUAAACCCUGGACUGGUAAGGGGUCCUGAGGACUAUCGUUGAGAACCCCUGCCUUAAUCCUUUACGUUACCAUAACAUGAACACAUUAACCUACUACAUCACCUUGACCCUUAACUCCCUAAAUUACCCUAACACUAACCCUUAACUCAAUACAUUACCUGAUCACUAAUCCUUAACUCCAUAAACUAGCCUACCAAUAACGCUUAAUCCCCUUAAACUACCAUAGCGUUAACCCUUACCCACCUGCAGUACCCUAACCUUAACCGCUACACUUUUGUAAUACUAACCCUAACUUCAUAGACUACAAAUAUUAUGUACUAUAAUAGAUAUAUAUUGGUGAAGUGGGUAUUAGGGGAAAUGUACUAGGGUUCUGGAGAAUUUUAGAAACCACUUGACCUCUCAGUAUGCAUGCAUAAUACAGGCAGAUAGCUCUGCAUACAGUACAUGGAUAUAGUUCCCCAUACAACAUGAAUUGCUCUGCAUGUAAUGCAGGUACAAAACUAUUCUGCAAAAGUCCAAAAAAGUCAUUUACUCUGCAUUUAGCACAGACGCAUUUCUCUGCAUACAGUGCAAGCAUCAAGUGAACUGCGUAUAUAUAUUACAAAGACAGGGCUCUGCAUAUAACAUAAACAGGGCUAUUCUCUAAAAUGAGAAUUGUCUGGAAUAUCACAUUUAAGGCCAUAAUAGAUUAAUUUAAAACACUCUCCAAGUCAGCUGUGUUUCCAGAUUAGCUAUUUCGUUCUAAUAUGUGAAAUUCACUUUGAAUUCAUUUUAAAUUCAGGACAAUUCUCAAUUUAGUAAAUAACUCUUCUCCCUGUAACACUCUUCUACCUGUAUCUAUCCUGUGUCCCAUUCACACACCCCUUGAGCAGCUGCCUGCAAGGAGCAAGGAAAAGGUUAAAUGCCUGUGGUGAUGGAAGAUGAGUCACAGGUUAGUUUGGGACAUCCCAUUAAACAAGCUAAGACUGUGCAGCCAAUUACAAGUGAGGAGGAGACAUUCCCCCCUCUAUCUGCACUGUUUUGGGUGGAAUAGGGGGUAGGGCCAUAUCUCUGUAUAUAUUGUGCAGCACUAGUUGAGCUUAGCACUUUGUUGAUAUCUUCUGAAAUUGGUAUCCUGUUAACUUCAUUGGCUGGUAAGUGACGUUCUAUGUAUCUUAUUUAUAUUUAUAUCGCUGUACAAUCCCACGAGACUGGAAUUCUGGCUGUACCCCUUUACUUGGCACUGUCUCCAUAUCCCUAGCACUCUGCAUUGUGUCUCAAAGCAGAAUAUAUUGUACUGUGUAUUGCACACAUGACUUUUUUUUUUUUUUAUUUAAAUCUGACUGUUAAUGGUUUUUAUUAAAGGGGAGCAAUUAUUAUUUUUAUAAUUGGAUUACAAAUGGAAAUAUGUCGGAGAAACAUCUCAACAGACUGUUUACCUAGUGCAGUAGAAUUACAUAGAUUGCUAUGGCUGGAUUAGCAGAAAUCGUGAAACCCACAUUUAUUGGAAGAGCAGGCCAAAAUACAAACUUUUUGGGACCCUCUAAAUUUUAGCAAUGUAACAAUGCUCCUUGAUAUAUCCUGGAGUUUCCUGAUGUACCUCUUGGGGUUCCAUGUUUGUCCCAGAUUUCAUUUGGGGGGGAAACCAUGAGGGUGUAGCAGAGACUUGCAGAAUAAUUAUAUCUAACUAUUUAUCUAUCUGGCUUCUAAUGGGUGUGUAGUCUGGAUCAGUCUCAACAUGCAGACUGUUGCAGGUGAAGUAGGUGUGCCCCGUGGGCUAGUGUGAUUAAAGGAGACGUACAGUUGUCUGCUUUGCCUUUAGAGUCUGGAAAUGAACAUUCAAUGGACUGUAGACAAGCUAAUGGUCUGCAUUUUGUUUGUCCGUUCUGGGGAGAGAUGCGCCAUAGCAAAUGCCACCCCUUCCUCCAAAAAGUUAGGAGCAAUUUGUACCAGCAUGUGUGUGUUGUCAUUACAUGAUUAGCGACACAUAGAAAAUUGGGAUCUAAUCUCUAAAUAGGGACAGUUUAGAGGUAUGAGAUCUGAUUUUUAUAUGGCUUGUAUCCAGAAUAGGGUGGGUAGAGCCGUGCACACAGCAGGCUUACUCACUGCACCGGGCAGGGAAUUGGCAGUCUUGGACCAGCACAAAAUUCUUGCAGAGUGUUUGUUUCUUUUUUUUGCUUAAAAUGAGCAAUUCUCUGGUCAAUUUCCAGUUUCUCAUUGCGGAGUAAUGACGGUCUCAUGGAACUGGGCUGUAGAGGCUAAUUUUUUUUCACCCUCUUUGAACUUGGCACAGACACUGGUACAAUGUCAGGGAAACAAUAAGCGGCACAUUAAACAUGGGUUAAUAAGCUUCCUUUCAGCUCAAGCAGCAUUUGGAACAGUCUGUACUUUUCCAUUGACACACCCACACCACACUUCCAAUACAGAACCUAUUAAACUCAAAACUUCUACUGUUAUCCUUGCUGGCUUGUUGCAUCCUAGAUUUUUUUUUUUUUUCAAUUUAGUAUUCUCUGGUUUGAAUAAUCUGGGUUAUAAUUAUCUCUGUAUUUGCAUACCUCCCAAGUGUCCCUAUUUUGGACCCAAAUCCCUCUAUCCCACUUUUCUCUCCUAAUGUCCCUCUUUUCUAGAAGAUCCAUAUUUUUGGUGUCAGUUUAUAACAGAGCUUCACAUCAAUAAUAAUCAGUGAUGUGCGUUUUCAACCCCUUAAGGACUGAGCCAAAGGUACAUGUGAUCAAAACAAACUAGAAUUUGCGGUAUGUCUGUUCAGGCAUAAUUCGCUUCUUUCACAUUAUGUGCACCCACACUUAUUUAUCAGUUUAUUCAGGGGGAACAGGACUUUCACUUAACAUCAAAUAUUUAGGUAUGAAUAAAAUAUAAAAAUGGGGAAAUAAGAAUUAACUUUUUUUUGUUCUACAUGACAUUUUAACUGUGAGUGUAAUAAUACAAUUUGCUUUUACUGCAAUAAAAUACACAUAUUUGUAUUCAGCAAAGUCUCACGUGUAAAACCGUACCCCCUAUGUACAGGUUUUAUGGUGUUUUGGGAAGUUAUAGGGUCAAAUAUAGCGUGUUACAUUCUUCAGUUUUUUCACAUUGAAAUUCGCCAGAUUAGUUACGUUGCUUUUGAGAGCGUAUGGUAGCCCAGGAAUGAAAAUUACCCCCAUGAUAGCAUACCAUUUGCAAUAAUAGACAACACACGGUAUUGCAAAUGGGGUAUGUCCAGUCUUUUUUAGUAGCCAUUUGGUCACAAACACUGGCCAAAGUUAGCAUUCAUAUUUGUGUGAAAAAUGCAAAAAAACUAAUCUGAAUGCCAAUUUUGGCCAGGGUUUGUGACUAAGUGGCUACUAAAAAAGACUGAACAUACCCAAUUUGCAAUACCUUGGGUUGUCUACUAUUGCAAAUGGUAUGCUAUCAUGGGGGUAAAUUUCAUUCCUGGGCUACCAUACUGUCUCAAAGGCAACGGAAUCAAUCUUGCGAAUUUCAAUGUGAAAAAAAUGAAAUGCAAGCCUUAUAUUUGACUCUAACUUUUGAAAACACCAUAAAACCUGUACAUGAGGGGUACUGUUAUACUCUGGAGACUUCGCUGAACACAUUAGUGUUUCAAAACAUUAAAAUGUAUCAACAAUAUCGUGUGUGAAAAAUGCAAACCAUGUCACUUUCACUGACCAUAUUGUCGUUGUAACACUAUUUGUGUUCAGCGAAGUCUUUCAAGUAAAACCGUACCCCAUGUACAGGUUUUAUCCUGUCUUGGAAAGUUACAGGGUUAAAUAGAGUGCUUGCUUGCAAUUCAAAUUCUCUGCACUUUCUUGCUGGGCUAUCAGGCAUGUCAAUCAAACUUUAAUUAAAUCACAUAAUUAUGUUAAAAGAUUACUUGAAUAUACACAGAAUUUUAAUAUAUACGUGUGUAUUUGCGGUUAUUCGUAUUCGCAGCAGAGGUUAGUUGCAGGCUCCUGGAGCUGCAAGCUGUUACAGCGUUCUAUGCCGCCGCAACGGCUUCAACGCCCAUUUAAUGCGGGACAGCAUAGAAUGACGUAGAGGCGUUAAGUGGUUAAACUACAAUAAAUGUCUUUGUUUGUGUAAAUAAGUUACAUUGUUCUUACAUAAAUUAGUAAUUCACCUAAAAAUUUUACAGCCCUGCCUCUGUCCACACCCCUAAAAUAAACGAUAUAUUUGUCAGCUGGAUGAGGGAAGAACUGUAUGUAGAGUAACUGACUGAUUUAUAUCUCCGUAGAAUAAUGUCUGGAAACCUUGAAACAUGCAUGGUUCAGAUCUGUAGCACCUUCCAAAGGUAUGCAGGAAAAGAUGGGGAUGCAAAGACACUGAGCAAGACCGAACUGGUUGAGCUGGCAACAAAGGAGUUUCCUGCCCUGUGUGUAAGUAGCAUGUACAGUAUUUAUCAAUAUCUUAUUAUAAAGCUUUACAUGUACAUAUUUACAGAAUUUAAUUUUUUUUUUUUUAAAGAGCCUUAGUUUUAUUUUUGGGCGGUUUUUAUAUAGCGCCAACAUAUUUCAUAGCUUUAAAAAAAGGUAACUCUCCUUUCAAUUUUUGACACUAACAGUUUAGAUCUAUAUGCCAAACAUUGGCUGACCGGAGAGAGAUCUAGAACCUUUUGUGUUUAUUUUCCUUUCGCUGUUCUGGCAAUCAAAGUUCUCACUUAAUGUUAUUUGGGAGCUAGGAGAAAAGCUGCUCUUUAUGUGAAAUUGCAAGUUCUGUUCUGGUGUUUGAGAGCAGCUUUGGCAUGGUGAUUAAACACUUAUUUUAUGAAUUUCUCUUGCUCUUUCAGAGUAAUCAAAACAAAGAUGAGGUCUUGAAGGGAGUGUUUGGGCAGCUGGAUAUGGAUGGCGAUGGCAAAGUGGAUUUCAAAGAAUUCUGUAUCUUCAUUUGCUGCCUUACCAUGGCUCUGAAAGAACAUCUCAACGUCUAG